AUGUCUCGAUCCAGAAAUAACGGCAAUUCUCCUGAUGAACAUGAUGAGGAAAUCGCUGACUUGGUACCAUUCGCCACCAAGUCUUGUCUUGAACCAAGAAAGACUUUAGGGCUUUUCACCACCACCUUCAGAGCCAUUCUUGAUGCUGAAGAUCUUCAAGAACAUAUCCAAUCUGUUAAGAAAGCCCUUUAUCAUCGUGAUUAUCUCUUAGCCUUUGAUACAGACGACAAACGUCUUGCAUAUGCGGCCAGAUGGACCCCAGCACGAACGUUGGCCUAUGCUUCUCUCUUUUCAUCUUUUGCACCCAUUCGUGAACUUUUCUCUGAUCCAGAAAGAACCUCUCGUUGUCUUUCUAUAGGUGGAGGUGCCGGUGCAGAAGUGGCCGGGCUUGCAUCUGUAUUCUGUCGUCUUAAAGAAUUCCAUUCCACAUCUCCAUCGCUGCUCGAAAUUACCGCCAUAGACAUUGCUGAUUGGCUGCUUAUCGUUCGUAGUUUGACAACGUAUAUCAAGUCAAAUUGGGUUUAUGAUGCAUCUAAGGUUUCCACCUCUUUCCUUCAUGGCGAUGUACUUUCUACACCAGUAGACUAUUCCCAAUUCGAUCUCAUCACUCUUAUGUUCACCACCAAUGAACUCUUUUCCGAGAAAAGACCAGAAACAAUUAAACUCUUACAAACAUUGAAUAAAACUUGUCGUAAGGGAACGAUUCUUCUUAUUGCUGAAAGCGCAGGCUCGUACUCAAACAUUACUGUGGGCACAAAACAGUUCCCAGUGCAAUUCUUGGUAGAUAUGGUUCUUGUGGGCAAGCCAGGUGGCCCUGCUGGAGCAUGGUCUAUUGCCCAACAGAGUGAAAGUUGUUGGUAUAGAAUCAACACCCGUGAGGUUUCAUACCCAAUGAAGUUGGAAAACAUGAGGUUUUUCUAUCGUUUGUACAUUAAAAAUUAA